GAACACGACAGGACGCAGGACGUAGUUUCCUGUUUGGCAGGGAGCCCUGGCGGGAGAUUCAUGCAGCAUGGCGGUGCAGCCGAAACAAAACCUGUCAAUGGACAGUGCAGCCGAGCAUAGCUUUCUAAACUUUUUCUUCUCCAUGCCGGAGAAACCGGAGUCCACUUUCAGAAUAUUUGACCGUAACGACUACUACACUGUUCACGGGAAAGACGCCAUAUUCGCGGCCAAGGAGGUUUUCAAGACUAAUGGCGUCAUCAAAAAUUUGGGCUCAGGGAGUCGCAAGCUGGAGAGUGUGGUCCUCAGUAAGCUCAACUUUGAGGCCUUUGUGAGAGACUUGCUGCUGGUGAAGCAGUACAGAGUAGAAGUGUACAAAAACCACAGCAAGAGCAGCAAGGAGCACGACUGGAAGAUUGAGUACAAGGCCUCUCCAGGAAACUUGACCCAGUUUGAGGAAAUUCUGUUCGGUGGUGGUGGAAGCGGAGCGGAGGGCUGCGCAGGAGUCGUAGGCGUGCGUUUUGCUACAGGAGCUGAUGGGCAGCGUGUGGUCGGGGUCGGCUAUGUGGACGCAGCUCAGAGGAAAAUGGGAGUGUGUGAGUUUCCGGACAACGAGAUCUUCUCCAACCUGGAGUCCCUGCUUGUCCAAAUCAGCCCCAAAGAGUGUCUCUUAGCCCAGGGUGACGGCAACACUGAUAGCAGUAAACUACGUGAGGUGGUAGAGCGAAGCGGGAUGCUGGUCUCUGACAGGAAGAGAGCAGAGUUCAACAGCAAGGACAUAGUGCAGGAUCUCAACAGGCUGCUAAGAGCCAAAAAAGGAGAGACUGUGGCCAGCAACACACUGCCUGAACUGGACAAACAGGUGGCUAUGUCGUGCUUGGCUGCAGUCGUGCGAUUCCUCGAACUUCUCUCUGACGAGUCCAACUUCAACUCCUUCAGUCUGACCAGUCUGGACCUGGGUCAGUACAUGAGACUGGACAACGCUGCUGUCAGGGCUCUCAACCUCUUCCAGGGUUCACCAGAUGACACCAGCGGGGCUCAUUCAUUGGCCGGUCUGUUGAACAAGUGCCGCACACCUCAGGGUCAGCGGCUCGUCAACCAGUGGAUCAAACAACCACUCAUGGACAAAACCAAAAUAGAGGAGAGACUGGACCUGGUGGAGAGUUUCGUGUGUGACUCUGAGCUGAGGCAGACCUGCCAGGAGGACUUGCUGCGGCGAUUUCCUGAUCUUCACCGUCUGGCCAAGAAGUUUCACCGACACUCUGCUACCCUGCAGGACUGUUACCGCGUCUACCAGGCUGUGAGCCAAAUCCCUGGCCUCGUCACAGCCCUGGAGAGAUACUCGGGCAGCUACCAGGUACUGUUGGAGGCAGUGUUCCUCUCGCCUCUCAGAGACAUGCAAAAUGACUUCACUAAGUAUCAGGAGAUGAUCGAGACGACGCUGGACAUGAACCAGAUUGACCACCAUGAGUUCCUGGUGAAGGCGUCGUUUGAUCCGGCGUUGAGUGAGCUGAGAGAAAAGAUGGACGUCCUGGAGAAGAGCAUGCAGUCUGUGCUGAGCAGCGCAGCGAGAGAGCUAGGUCUGGAUGCUGGUAAGACUGUGAAGCUGGAGUCCAACGCCAUGCUGGGCUUUUACCUGAGAGUCACCUGCAAGGAGGAGAAAUCCCUGAGAAACAACAAGAAGUUCACCACUCUGGACGUUCAGAAGAACGGAGUGCGCUUCACCAACAGUAAGCUCAGUUCCCUGAACGAGGAUUACACCAAGAACAGGGAGGAAUACGAGGAUGCCCAGAACGCUAUUGUCAAAGAGAUCAUCAACAUUUCCUCAGGCUAUGUGGACCCACUCCAGACGCUGAGUGAUAUCAUAGCGCAGCUGGAUGCCGUGGUGAGCUUCGCCUUGGCGUCCGUCUCUGCUCCCGUGCCCUACGUUCGGCCUCUUCUGCUGGCCGACGGCUGCAGGCGUAUGGAGCUGCUGCAGGCCAGACAUCCCUGCAUGGAGACAGACGCAGACACCGCCUUCAUACCCAACGAUAUCACCUUCAUACAAGGAGAGAAGAGUUUUUAUAUUAUUACAGGACCAAAUAUGGGCGGCAAGUCGACGUUUAUCCGUCAGGUGGGCGUGAUCGCUCUGAUGGCUCAAAUCGGCUGCUUUGUGCCCUGUGAGAAGGCGGAGCUUAGCGUGAUUGACAGCGUCCUGGCCAGGGUGGGAGCAGGAGACAGCCAGGUGAAAGGAGUGUCCACCUUCAUGUCCGAGAUGCUGGAGACGGCUGCCAUUCUGCGCUCGGCCACGGAGAACUCGCUCAUCAUAAUCGACGAGCUGGGCAGAGGCACGUCCACCUACGAUGGCUUCGGUCUGGCUUGGGCCAUCAGCGAACACAUCGCCUCCAAGAUUGGCAGCUUCUGCCUGUUUGCCACUCACUUCCAUGAGCUGACGGCACUCGCCGCACAGCAGCCCACAGUCCAAAACCUGCACGUCACGGCCCUGACCUCCCACAACACACUCACCAUGCUGUACAGAGUCAAACCAGGUGUAUGUGAUCAGAGUUUUGGAAUCCACGUUGCCGAGCUGGCUUGCUUCCCGCCAUCGGUGGUUGCCAUGGCCAAGGAGAAGGCCGAGGAGUUGGAGGAGUUCCAGGAGCCCGCAGGGGAGAGGUCGGAGCAGGAGGAAGAGCCCGAGGCCAAGAGACGACGAACAGAUAAACAAGUUGGGGAAGACCUGAUCCAAGACUUCCUGGAGAAGGUGAAAUCACUUCCUGCCACCACUAUGACUGAAGAGGAGGUGAAGGUUGAGCUCAGGAGGAUGAAGGAGGAGCUGAUGGCCAAGAAGAACACGUUCAUCUCAGAGAUCCUCAAACGCUGCGUAAAAACGGCCUGAAUUUUCUUUCUUUUUUUGUUACAUUCACACCUAUGUCCUGAUGACUAAGCUCAUAUAAUGUAGUCACCACACUAAAGCUCUUCUAUUGUAUAGUUUUUCAAUAAAGAAAUAUUCCUGCAUGUCUUGUGAAUUUUUCUUCUUAAAAAAAAAAAAUGUUAUUAUAGUUUCAUACGCACAUGACGACAUGUUGAGCAUCAUGAGCUGUGUAAGAAACUAUUUAUCAUGAUCAGAGAACAUUAGACAGUGUUCAAACACAUAGCUGCAUGUAAACAAUUCAUUUUCCUGAAGUGAUUAUUUUCCUUUGACAGUGCACAAAGUCUAGUGUUGCCAACUAAUAGUUAUAUAAAAUAAGAAACAAGUUUAACUCACAAUAACAUAAACACUGGGUGCUGGAUCCUUUAAGUGGUUAAUAAUGAAAAAGAGACUAGGAAAGUCCUAGUUUUUCUUUUUCACUAAAAGUUUAACCACUUCAACUGAAUGUUACCUGUUUCUUCAGAGGGAAAAAUCAUUUCUCCACAACAGUAUAAUGGUGUCACACAUUUUCAGUUUUUCACCUUAAGUGAAAAUUUAAAAUCCAAGCCUGAUUUUUCUUUUUACAGCUGCACUAAUAACUAAAUGCAGAUAAUCUAGAUACACAUUUCCCCCAAAUUUGACGUUUUAUGUUAUGUGGAUUUGAACACACUGAAAAGCUCAUUUCUGCACAACUGUGUAAUUUUACAGCCACCAGAUACAGUAAAUGCUGUGAAAUAUUAAGUACAAUAUCUACCUCUACCCACUCUAAUAAUGUACCUAAAAUUUUAAUUUGCAUACAGUACACAGGAGGAAGUUUUCAAAAUGUAGAUACCUGAUAUUCUGUGAGAACUACAAUAAUCUACACAACACACUUUGUAGCUACUGGAUUUAACUCAAAAUACAAAUUAAGAGGUUUGCAACUACAGCUGUAAACAUGAUUUGAUCAAGCUUCAAUAACUUGGUAUUUGUAGUA